GCUUUUCGAUUGCUCCUUAUUUUACGCUGUGACCCCGAAGUCCCAAAAUGCGACCUUAACUUCAUUCUCCAUUAAACCCAGAUUGAAAAUAUUUUAUUAAAUGAAAUUCCAACGACGCAAAAGCAAAAUUUUCAAAGGAUAAAACUUUGUCGUGAUGUUCCGUGUCUAGCACGAAAAUGGCAACCCUGUCUGACUGACGUCGAUAAACAACAAUGAGUUUUGUUUUUCGGGCUGUUUUCUUUCCGUGUUUUCAAAAUAUAGAAAACGCCUGGGAUUGAGGAGUGAAUGUCUGUGGAGGACUGCAGCCAGCAAUUCCAUGUCGUGGAAAAUUGUGGGGCAACCUACAGGAAGUUGAAACUUUGCUUUGUUGUCGUCACACACAACCACUGCGGAUAAUCGGACAAACGCUAUCAAAAAAACUGAAAUACGAUGACCAUGGUGUGCACAGCUAGUAGGAUGCUGGUGGACACAGUGCCCAAGAACAACUCCAGCAAACCGCCAGCUGUGGCCAUGUCACCGAAGGAGCUGUCAGACAACGAUGACAUAGCCACUGCAAUCAUCGUCGACCCCUACUUGGGGUUUGUCACUCACAAAAUGAACAUUAGAUAUCGACCCGUGAAAACAAACAAGGACGAGUUCAAAAGAAUUGUGCAGGAUUUUAUAAAGAAUCAGAACUAUGAAAGAGCCUUCAAGCGACUGGCUUCAGUCGAGGGUAUCAUGGGCGCUUACAUGUCCAAAAACAAGCUUAACCAGCACACCCUCAAGGAACACAUUUACCGCUAUUUAAGAGUAUUUGACAAGAAUUCGGGCUUUUCAAUAGAGUCCUGUUUUCGCUACUCUCAGGAAGGUCAGAAGGGGGCUAAAAUAUGUGCCACUAAAAAGUGGAACAAAAACGAGAAGAUCUCCAUGUUGGUCGGCUGCAUAGCUGAGCUGACUGAAGCCGAAGAGGAAAUUUUGCUCCAUCCUGGAAAAAAUGACUUCUCUGUUAUGUACAGCUGUCGAAAGAACUGUGCCCAGCUUUGGCUUGGCCCAGCAGCUUACAUCAAUCAUGACUGCCGAGCCAACUGCAAAUUUGUUGCUACUGGACGAGACACAGCCUGCGUAAAAGUUCUUCGAGAUAUUGACGUUGGUGAGGAGAUAACGUGUUUCUACGGAGAGGACUUCUUUGGCGACGGAAACUGUUACUGCGAGUGUGAAACUUGUGAAAGGAGAGGAACAGGAGCAUUUGCAAAAAGUGACAAGAACACAGAGACGAACGGCAGGUAUCGGUUACGAGAGACAGACAAUAGAUUAAGCCGUACAAAAACCGUUGACAACAAGCCCAAAGAAGAGGAGAGUGAAAACCCUUUGAAAUCUCGGUUGAGUGUCACAGAGCUGCGGCAGAAAGGGCUGACCAAGUAUGACGCAGAGAUGCUUUUGGCACAGGGCUGCACGUUCACGGACUUUGAGUACGAUGCGAGCAGUGCCAAACAGCAGCCUAAGGAGCUGCGCAAGAGAUCCAGAAAUUCCAAUCGUGGCAAGCAGGGGGACCGGCUUCGUGCGUCCGAGGACUCGCAGAGUACUGGCAGCAGCGACCAAGACUCUGUCUCCACGGGCGCAGAUUCUGUAGCCGAGAUGCCACUGAAGGAGGGGAUCACGCUGCGCAACCACAAAAAACUCACAGGGCCGCAACAGCAGCAACUUCAAGAGCUUCGCGACGACGAAAUCCAGCGACGCUCAACCCGACUCCGUUCCGAGGAGGCCGAGUAUGCAAGAAAGUUUGCCGAACUCGACAUUUGCUCCGGCCGGGCGCCAAGCAACGGCGUUAGAAGGCAGCCGAGCAGAGCCGUGGCCAAAAAUUCCAGAUACUGCUCUGCGCCAAGUGAGGUGGUCAUCAGAGAAGAGGUGCCUGAAGAACUGUUUCCCUUGGAUGAGCCAAAGUGGGAGGAUGACGAAGAGGAGGAGGAGGAGGAGGAAGAAGAGAAGUGGGUGCCAGUAGAAGUAGAGGAACCUGAGGUGAGGUGUGUCACUCCGCCCCAUCGCGCGGUCAAAUUGACCCUGAAACUGAAGAGAAGUCCCAUGAUUGAUGAAAUCAUUGAAAGUGGUCUCCCCUUUAACACUGGCUCCUCGCACAUGCAGGCCGAGUACGAAGUUCUGAAAGUGGAAGGAGUGAAUAUGGACCCGAUCGACUCGCCAAGUUCCCCUGGAAGUAGUUGUAGCAGCAGCAGUUCCGGUGCCAGUUUCGACUCUCACCACAGGAAGAAGCACAAAGUCAAACGGGCAAGCAGAAAAAUGCGCCGGGACAUUGCGGCCGAGCUAAACCAAGCGUGGGAAACUUUGCCCAGACUGUCGCCACCCCUCACGCGGCCCCCCAUGAAAAGGCUGAGACUGAUUCUGGGAAAUGAGACUUGCACCAUCGAUAUUCCUCCACCUGCACUGCCGCCUCCUCUUUCUCCCCCUUAACUAUCGCUCUCUUCUAGGUUUUUAAAUUUCCUAAUUAACUUGAAAAAAUCCUAUUUAUAAACCCUCUGAAAGUGUCAAUUUUUAGGACAUCCUUUUUAAUGAAAAAUUGAAAACAGCUUUUUACUUAAUUCAUUUCUUAAAUCAAUCUUCCUAUAAGAAUAUGACCCCAAGCUUUUAAUUUUUCAAUUGAAACUCAUCACGUCUUUGAUCCUACUUAUCCAACAACAAAUAAAUCAAGCUGCGUUUUGUAUUAUUGAAUCAAGGAAUGCGCCAUUGAAUAUAUCUCAGUUCCUAGUCCAACGUCUCUACAAGCCUCUUUCUAUCUUUCUGUUAAUUGGAACUUCUUUCCAAGCUACCGAACUGCCCCCGAGCCCCUUUUGUAACCAGCAAGUAUCUGUCUGAGCAUAACAAGUGAAAAAAGUCCAUCCAUGGAUGCUUUUUAAGACAGGUUAUGAAAUACAAUAGGCUAAUUUUUUAUUAAAAUAUUUGUUACAUAAGUGAUACUCUUGAUAUCUUGUGAUACAGUACGUAAUGAGAGAAGAAAAAAAUGAGAAAAUGCGUGCAAUUUUUAUAGCGUUGCAGCAUCAACAGCAGGUACUUUUAAUUUUUCUGAUCUGUUCAACUUGUGCGUGUCCAUCCAGUUGAGGCAUCGUGCGCUCGAACUCAACUGUGCGCGCAUGUAGAGUUCAUAUACAUGUGUAUAAUUGUGAAUAACUUAGUUCAUUAACUACCGCAGCUUUUAUUAUUAAGGCUGCUGCUGAUCAGAGAAUAGUUUUUGCACCGAAAUUUUUCAUGAGAAAUGUAUUUUAGCCGUAGUUGUUUUGUGUGAAUGGAAUAUCUUUGCGCUACUUAGACGCGCACGAGGAUAAUUAUUAUUUCUGAUUUAAAAAUAGUAAUUCCAAGUUGUUGUUAUCACAUAAUUUAUUAUUAAUUGCGAGUAAAUGGAAUUCAGGGAAUCUACCGGACAAAAUUUGCACACACGAUUUUAAUCUUAUCCUACCUGUCAACAUUGCUCGUGACGCUUUGAUUCGUUUUUUGCAAUAAAAACCACUAGCAUCUCUCUAUACAUUCGUGAUACAGUUUGCCAUAAUCACACUGGUUCGUACGAUCACCUAGAAUAAAAGAAAAAUAAAAGGAAUCCCCUUUCAAAUUUAUUUAUUGUACAUGUAAACUUGAUUAGCAAAUUAAGGUGAUUGAAGACUGGCUACAGAUAUGUAAAAUCUAACGGUAUUUUGCAAAAAAUGAAAGUAUGUAAAAAAAAAAUAUUACUAGCUUCGAAUUGGCCAUAGUUUUUCACUAUUGAUUUGGCAAAUUUGAUUUCCCUUCCAUUCUUCAUGCACCUAAUUAUGUUGAUGUGUCCACAUUUGUUCAGAAUUAAAAUCAGUAAACAAUGAUUGAGCCCUAGCGCUUGAUUUCAAUUUAAUUCCAGCUAAUUUUAGUCUGCAUUUUUUUUAUGUAAUUCAAUGUUAUGAUCAAUCACAUUCUUGCUCGUAGGAUGGUACUUGAAAUAAUAGUUUCAGAUACGAUACGAUCGCCCUGAUUUGUAUUUUGUUUGCCACUGUGUUCAUAAUUAAUUUAACUGUCCGCACUCACAUUGAUUCUGUGGCUGUUGAAAAUAAAAACUUCUUUAAAUUAGCUCAA